CAUUUGCACUUUCUCGAUUCCGGCCGGCUGAAAGAUUUUGAGAAUCGUGUCAUUCCUGUGUAGUUGCCGGUAAUUAUUUGUCGAUUAAUAUAUUGAAUCAGUUCUUCAUGGCUGAUCAACAAUAUUCUCAGUAUCCAGCUGGUCAGACUGGAUAUUCUUAUGGUAGUUAUGGAGGUGAUUCUUCAUACUCCCAAAGUGGAUACGGAGGAGCAAGUGCUGGAGCAUAUACGGGAUCAACAACAGCAAAUUGGGGUGGUUCAUCUGCACCAGCAACUGGCACUGCUUAUAGUGGUUAUGGAGCUGAUCAAUAUGGAUCAAGUCAGCAGCAAUACAGUUAUGGCCAGCAACCUGCUGCUUCGUACACUGCCGGAAGUUAUUCAGCUUCAGCGCCACAAAGCAGUUCAGGUUACUCAAGCUCUCCUAGUUAUGGAUCAUACGGCGGCUCUGCUCCUACCGGCUACGGAAGUCAACCUCCUAGUAGUGUAGGCUCAGCUGCUCCAGCUCCUGCAUAUGGAGCUGGUGCUCCUCCUGCAACUGGAGCAUCUGCUAUACCCCCAGUCGGCCCACCAGCUGGAGGGCCUCCUGGUCAUGGUAUGCCUCCUCCUUCUGGAGGUUAUGGAGGACCACCACCUGGUGGUGAUUACAAUAGACCUCCAGGUGGCUAUGGUGGACCUAUGCCUCCUGGAGGUCCAGGACCAGUUCCAGGUGGACCUGCUAAUGAUGGAUAUGGAGGACCUAUGGGCUAUGGUGGACCGGGCGGUGGAAGAGGUGGAUUUCAAGGAGGUCCUGGUGGUUAUGACAGAGGUAGCAGAGGAGGUGGUGGCGGCGGUGGCUAUGGUAACCAAGGUCCUGGCCGGGGCGGUUUCAAUAAAGGUGGACGAGGUGGCUACCAGUAUAAUGGAGGUGGUGGUGGCGGAAGUUAUGGAGGCGAAGAAAUUCAGGAUACUGUGUUUGUUUCUGGAUUACCUGAAGCUGUAAAUGAAGAUGAACUUUCAAAUUAUUUUGGUGCUAUAGGUGUCAUUAAAAUGGAUAAAAAGACUGGUAAGCAAAGAAUUUGGAUUUAUAAAGAUAAGAUUACAGGUAAAGGUAAAGGAGAAGCUACUAUCACAUAUGACGACCCUCCAACUGCAAGCUCAGCAAUUAAUUGGUUCGGAGGCAAAGACUUUCAAGGAAAGAAGAUUAAUGUUCAGUUAGCGCAGCGUAAAUCUCAGCCAUUCGGCGGUCCCGGUGGUGGCGGUGGCCGAGGGAGAGGCGGUGGACGUGGUGGAGGAGGCCGUGGCGGUCGUGAUGAUGGCGGCCGAGGAGGCGACAGGGGAUCUGGCGGCGGUUCAGGAAGGGAUGGUGAUUGGAAAUGCCUUAACCCGGAUUGUGGAAAUAACAACUUUUCUUGGAGAGUGGAAUGCAAUAGGUGCCAUGCUCCGAGGCCCGAAGGAGUGGGUGGUGGUGCUCCUCCUGAAGGAGGCUCCCGAGGUCCAGGUGGCGGUGGUGGCCGCGGAGGCGGAAUGCGUGGAGGUCGCGGUGGAGACAGAGGUGGCAGAGGAAGAGGAGGACCGCCCGGCAUGGGAGGACGUGGUGGUUUUGGUGGGGGCCGUGGAGGUCCCGGACGUGGCGGACCAAUGCGAGGAGGACCCGGGGGUGACAGAAGACAAAGACCGUAUUAAUAUUAUCCCUAGUGUAAAAGUGUUUUAUGAUUUCUCUCUCUUCAUCAUUUGGACUUAUUACUUAGUUCUGUAUGCAUUGUCAUUUCAUUAUCAUGAACACUCCUUCAUUUUAUGUACAUUUUAAUAAAAAAUAUUUUCUUUCCUA